AUGUUGGAUACGACGAAGGAAAUGGCCUCCCGCGACGUGGCGCCGGGCCCGGACGAAGUCCCGGGACGGAUAUGGGCGGAGACAAUGGCAGUCAUGGCCCCCAGACUACGUCACCUAUUUACAAGGUGUCGGAGGGAGGGAGUAUACCCUCGGAUAUGGUGCAUGACGAGGCUGGUCCUGCUACGGAAGGAGGGACGACCGACAGACUGGCCGACUGCAUAUCUUCCGGUGUGCCUACUGAAUGAAGUGGGCAAGCUUCUUCGAAACAGUCAGUGCCGCCUGUCUGGAGGCCCACAUGUCAAGGCUAGUGCCCGGUUGGCACGAAAGCCAGUACGGCUUCCGGCGGAGCCGCUCGACGGUGGAUGCGGUGAACUGGGUACGAGAGAUGUCACGGGCCAUGGUUUCCUGGGGUGGAGUAGCGCUGGCAGCCUCUUUAAACAUAGUUAA